AUGUCAAAUUGUUAUUGGCACCAAAAACUUACCAAAGAAUCCUCAUUUCUCUGUGUGUUCAGCUCGCCUUUUGGCCGAUUUCGUUUCAAAAGAAUGCCAUUUGUUAUUUCAUGUGCAAGUGAAGUGGCCCAGAAAAUGGUUGAUAAACAUUUUGGCGAUAUUUCAGGUGCAUUACCAAUUUUCGAUGAUAUCAUCAUUGAAGGUAGAGAUGAACAAGAACAUGAUAUGAUAUUGCGCAAGAUGUUGACAAGGGCUAUUAGGCUCAAUGGCAAAGCCAGCAGUGAUAUUAUCAGGUGUCUAAGUGAAAUUUUCUCAAGACAUGGUUCUCCACAAACUCUAAUUGCAGAAAACUUUCCCUACAACUCCAGAGAAAUAAAGGAAUAUGCUACGCAAUAUGGCAUUAACAUAAUAAAAACCAGUCCCACAUAUAGUCAGGAAAACGGUCUUGCAGAAAAGGUGGUCAACAUUGUUAAAAACUUACUAAGAAGGAGUGCAAUUUAA